UUAUGCCAAUGUAGCAACCCGAUGCAUGAAUCAAACAACUGAAUCGGGAGGCAACUCUGACCAGUCGCCGAUACAAGAAAACUGAACAAUCCCUCACCUCUCAUCGCAAGCAGAGUGAUCUAACUGGAGUAUCACCCGCACCGCUCGCGAGCUAGGCAAGACCAACUCACUCACUCACUCGCCAUGGAACUCUCCUUGGCCUCAUCCCUUCCCCUCCUCCUCCUGCCGCUCCUCCCUCUUCUCUACUUUCUCUACCUGCGGCCGGACCCCAAGAAGCAGCCUCGCGGCCAUGGCCUCAAGGUCUACCCCAUCCUCGGCACGCUGCCGCACUUCGUCAAGAACCAGGACCGCUUCCUCGAGUGGUACACCGGCGUCAUGCAGGGCAGCCCCACGCACACCCUGGCCUUCAAGGUGCCCGGCCUCACCGGCGGCGCCAUCACCGCCGACCCGGCAUGCGUCGAGCACAUACUCAAGGCCAACUUCGCGAACUACCCCAAGGGCGAGCUCUCGGUCUCCAUGCUCCAGGACUUCCUCGGCCACGGCAUCUUCAACUCCGACGGCGAGCAGUGGCUGUGGCAGCGCAAGGCCGCCAGCUACGAGUUCAACAAGCGCUCGCUGAGGAACUUCGUGGUGGACGCCGUCCGCUUCGAGGUCGUCGAGCGGCUGCUGCCGCUGCUGGACCGCGCGGGGCGCGACGGGCGGACGCUGGAGGUGCAGGACGUGCUGGAGCGCUUCGCGUUCGACAACAUCUGCCGCGUGGCCUUCGGCGAGGACCCGGCCUGCCUCGCCGAGGAGGGCAUGGCCGCGCCCGAGAGCGCCGAGUUCAUGGCCGCGUUCAACGACGCGCAGAACACCAUCAUGGCCCGGUUCAUGUCGCCCGCCAAGUGGCUGUGGCGCGUCAAGAGGCUGCUCGACAUGGAGCCGGAGAGGCGGAUGCGGUCGGCGCUCGCCACGAUCCACGGCUACGCCGACAAGAUCGUCCGUGAGCGCAAGGAGAGAGGGGAGGCUGGGCUGGCGAGCAGGGACGACUUCCUGUCGCGCUUCGCCGCGGCCGGCGAGCACAGCGACGAGAGCCUCCGCGACGUGGUGACCAACUUCAUCCUCGCCGGCCGCGACACGACCUCGUCCGCGCUGACCUGGUUCUUCUGGCUGGUGUCCACGCGGCCCGACGUGGAGGACAAGAUCACGCGCGAGAUCCGCGCCGUGCGCGCGUCGGGCGACGGCGAGGAUGCGUCGACUUUCAGCUUCGACGAGCUGCGCGAAAUGCACUACCUCCACGCGGCCAUCACGGAGUCGAUGCGGCUGUACCCGCCGGUGGCCGCCGACACGCACAGCUGCAAGGAGGACGACUUCCUCCCGGACGGCACGUUCGUCGGGAAAGGGUGGCUGAUGACGUACUGCGCGUUCGCCAUGGCGCGGCUGGAGGGCGUGUGGGGCAAGGACUGCGAGGAGUUCAGGCCGGAGCGGUGGCUCGACGAGGAGGGCGCGUUCCGGCCGGAGAGCCCGUUCAAGUACGCGGUGUUCCACGCGGGGCCGAGGAUGUGCCUCGGCAAGGAGAUGGCCUACAUUCAGAUGAAGUCCAUCGUGGCGUGCGUGCUGGAGAGGUUCAGCCUCCGGUACGCCGGCGGCGAGGGGCAUCCCAGGCUCAUAAUGUCACUGACGCUGCGGAUGGGAGGCGGCCUGCCGAUGCAGGUCAAGAGCAGAACAGGGGAGGCUAACGCCUAGGAUGCUUCAUGCUUGGAGGAGUCACAAAUCACAAUUGCUCUGUACUCCAUUUCUGUAGUGUUCUUGCUUGGUUCGGGAAAUAAAUUUCACUAGCGGGUUUAAAGGUUUUCAUUUAUAAGUGCAACGUUUAUUAAACUAGUAGUAACGAUAUUUAUGUGUGUUGUUAUGCCAUAUAAUGUGCUGGUGUUUGUUCAA